AUGACACGACGGGGCAUGGCAGGUGACGCCGAUGAGGCGCCGGCCUCCGCGCCGCCACGUGCGGUGCACAACGAGUACCAUCUGGAGGACAUCGACUUUGCCCUUAUUGAGGGUAGGACAAUCCAGCUCGACAACAUCUGCUUCCGAAACUCCGACUUCGUGGGCUCGAUGCAGCUGCGCUGGAUCACCACUGGUGGACCGCCACAGCAGCAGAACCACGGCGUCAGCGCGGAUGGCGAGGAUCCUAUUAUGGCGGCCUGUCCAUACGGCUACGGUGUGUGUCUGCUGUAUCUCCCGCCCCGGACUGCACGUGAGCAGGAGCGCUGGAGGUGCCCGUCUGUAACAGCUGGUGAACAGACGCUGCUGCAGCUCUCGCGCGACAUUCUCGGUAGCAUGGAAACAAGCUUCAACUGCUUCCAGUGGCUCCUCUCCCCACCGGUAGAGUCGUAUGAGAUCCCUGGGCUGAUUCACUUUGUUGCCGUUGACCGUCGCACGAACAGUGGCAUUGUGGCGAGCUUUCAUCGCAUGAUGCACCAAAAGCCGCGUCACGUGCAGGAGGCCGUGGCGUCGCUAAAGCGGCUCGUCGCGCUGAACAUCAGCCGCGCGCACACGCUGCUCCACGCGGGGUACUCGGAGGGGCUNUGGGGGCACUUCGGCAUGCAGUUCUUCUACUGCGUGUGCGCUGUAGAUGAGACCGCGGCGCUGACCUCUCCGCCGCCACCGAGCACGGCGCCAGCCUCACAUGAACCGCCGAGAAGGUCAUUCUUUUCAUUCGGUGGCGAGGGGCUACUUUCGCCGCCGUCGUCAGCACCGUCGAAGGCAGCGGCGGCAGCAGACGCAGCAACAGCAGCAGCUGCCGCAUCAUCAUCGCAACCAGCUGAGGAAUCGUCCACAUCAACGGUGGAUACUGCGGAUUCUCUGUUUGGCUCGCUCGACGCGCGGCUGAAGCUGCCGUCAGCCACGCUGCCACACUUGGUGCUGCGCCCCAUGCUGCUGCCCGACUUCACGUGUAAUGAACCCGAGGGGCAUCGCGUUGUGGAGGUGUACGCGGUGUUUGUGGGCACCAUGUCGCCGGCAGAGGUCUGCAAGGGGGUGGAGAAAUUGCUCCGCAGUCGUGUGCUUCCGCCACGUGGGGGCACUUAUUGA